AUGAGGAUUCAUCUGAAAACAAUCCUUCAGCACGCUAAACAGAAUAUUCUUCUCCGUCAAAGAACAACUGCAACCAUUUCAUCAAAGUUGGAAGAUGUUCCCAAGGGUCACAUGGCAGUUUAUGUUGGAGAGAGCCAUAAUAAUAAGCAUCGAUUCGUGGUUCCUAUCUCUUGUUUAAAGCAUCCUUUGUUUCAAGACCUGUUGAAGCAUGCGGAGGAGGAAUAUGGAUUCGAUUAUCCAAUGGGGGGCCUUACUAUCCCAUGUAGUGAGGCUGCAUUUCUUUGUGUCACUUCUCACUUAAAUGUCAUUACCAAUUAA